AUGGGGUGGGGUUACUUCGGAUGGCAUGGCACCACUACGCAAGCGGCUCGCCUCGUGACAGAGCGGUAUUCUCGCGAGGAACGAACAGCAAGUCCGCCCAAACCACAUAUUUCGGAACUAGAUGACCUCUUGUAUCGUCAAGCUUCAGAUACAACGAAAAUCAAUGGGUUGUCGUUCCCCAAUCAUUGA